AUGGAGCAACCUCCUGGUUUUGUUGAUCCAGAUCAUCCUACUCAUGUAUGUGAACUUAAGAAAUCCUUGUAUGGACUUAAACAGGCUCCUAGGGCCUGGUAUGACAGAUUCAGUGGGUAUCUUAUUAAAAGUGGUUUCAAGAACUCUAGUUGUGAUAGUUCCAUGUUCAUUUAUCACAAGAAUUCUGAGAGGAUGAUUCUCCUAGUCUAUGUUGAUGAUAUUAUUCUUGUUGGUACUUCAGAUUCUCUACUUACUUCCUUUAUUACUUCCUUGAAGUCAGAGUUUGCAAUGAAAGAUCUUGGUCCUCUACACUAUUUUUUGGGUAUUGAAGCUGUUUUUGACUCUUCAGCUAACAAAAUGCUUCUUACUCAAAAUAAGUAUUCCUUGGAUUUACUUCGAAAACAUGAUAUGAUUGGGUGUAAACCUUGCAAAACGCCAGUUGGUUCAGGUCCAAGGGUGUCUGCUUUUGAUGGAACUCUAUUGUCAGAUGCUGCUUCUUACAGAAGCUUAGUGGGUGGUCUUCAAUAUUUAACUCUCACCAGGCCUGACAUUAGUUUUCCAGUUAACUAUGUGAGCCAAUUCAUGCACAGGCCUACUGAUAUUCAUCUACAGCUGGCCAAAAGAAUUCUCCGAUAUAUUAAAGGUUCUUUAGGUCAAGGCAUUACUUUACAAGAUGGUGAUUGUUCCACUCUCACUGCUUAUUGUGACAGUGACUGGGCUGGAUGUCCUGAUACACGCAAAUCUACAUCAGGUUAUUGUGUGUUUGUGGGUGGCAACUUAGUGUCCUGGUCUUCAAAGAAACAACACACAAUCUCUCGCUCUUCCACAGAAGCUGAGUACAGAGGUCUUGCAAAUGCAGCUGCUGAAAUAUUGUGGCUUUCUUGCUUAUUUGAAGAACUAUCCGUCUACUUAUCUCUCCCUUGUCGUUUAUACUGUGACAAUCUUGGUGCAGGAAGUCUCACUGCAAACCCAAUUUUCCAUGCCCGCACAAAGCAUAUUGAAGUAGACUACCAUAUGAUUCGUGAUCUGGUUAGUUCUGGUUUUCUGUAG